CUUUUUAUUAAAAUUUAAUUAUGUGCAAACUUUCUAGACCAAUAAUUUCAAGCAAAGUUUCUUUUUCGAGUAACCUUUAGUUUUGAUUUAUUUACUUGUAUUUUUUUCGUUGCUUUUUUAAAAUUUUUCCCCAUUUCACUGAAUUUUAACAGCAAAACGCGAAGUAAAUUAAAUCGCAGGAAAAUCUAUAAAAUAAAAAAAGUUUCAUAAACGCCGCCUUAACAACUACAGCUGACCGGUGGCGCACAACACUUGUGCUGUUGAGGGCGCCAAAAAUAAAACCAGUUUGUUCAGACAUUUACUUUAAUACACGCCAAUAGCUGGCAGUGAUUAGUGACAGCAGAUGCUGCUGAUGUGGUGCUAGACGCGCUUGUAUGCAGAGAAAUUUUUUGCAAAAGAACGCGUCAAACGCUGUCGUGUUUUGAUUUUGCUCCGUUUUUUUGGCUAAAGAAACAGAAAGUUUUAUAAAAGAAAAGCAAUCGAUAAGCUAAAAAAUAUAUAAUUUACUUGAAAAAGGUAUAAAAAUUUAUAUAAUAAAUUCGACAGCGCAAAUUUUCGCUCUAAUUCAUAUACUUGAGUAGUAUAGCAUUUGGCGGAGGCGGGUGCGUAUACGUAAUAAAAGCUGAGUUGCAGCAUCCUUCCGGUUGAAUGACUAUAUAAAACGUUGCAAUGUUGUUGCCCUCGUUAUAUAUAUAAAAAUAUACAGUUAAAGAGUGUACAUCCGUGUGUGUGUGUUAAUGUUUUUGUGUGUGUGGCACACUACGAGAAAGUGAGUGAAGAAAAUAAGCGUAAAAACAUAGCAAGGCAGAAAGAGUGCAAAAGGCAGCAAGCAGCAACCUAGAAAAUACGGCGGAAAGACAAACAUACUCAUACAUACACAUACACACAUAUUCAUUCAUUCAUACUUAGUGGUCUACACACUUGUAGUAUAUAGAAAAAGUCGAGCAAACGAGUGCAGCCAGGAACGAAUUCUGUGUAUGCGGCGCUCGUUGCAAGUCGAGAUACACACCAAACAGCCAGCAAGAUUUCCAGCCAGUGAGGCAACCACCAAUUGAAAACUGAAAGAAAAGUGAAAAUUUUACUAUAGAAAAUUUUAGUGCGAAUGUAAAACGGGUCGAGAAAAAAUAACAAAAACAAGAAGGGAGACAGUAAAAAUAUUGGUAAAAUUGUCAUUAUAAAUCUAGCGGCGCAGACAUUUUGCAAACGAAAAUUCUUGAAAACAAAAAAGCAAAGCAAAGGAAGGUGGCAGUGAGACAGUGGAAGCUGCAGCAGACGACAGCAGAUUUUACGCUCAAAAUGCUAUAAAUUAAAGUGCGACGACCUUUGUAGGAGUUCAGAGACUACCCAAAAACAAAGGCAGUAGCAAAAGUCCACACAAAACCAGCAAAAAAGUGGUGAGCCAACAGCAAAGUGUAAGGAAAUUUAGCAACAGAUUCACCUUGCAAGCUGUAAGUGCGGCGUUGUCGUUGCUAUCGUUGCCGUCGCCAACGUUUGUUGACACUCUUACUAAGAGCAAAUCAAUAAGUUGAAAAGUACAAGUGCAACCGUACACACAUACACACCCACACAUCGUACACCUACACCCACACACACACACACACACAUUUACACAAGCGUGCAGAAGUGUUAAAUGCCAAAGCAGUAGCAGCAUUUGAAUUGCUUUUGAAGCAAACGUCCAGACGCGCCAAGCGAGUCAGUGAGGCUGUGAGGCUGUGAGGCAGCGAGUUAAUAGUGAGUGACCUUUAUCUCAGCACUGCAUAUAAGCGUCCACAUAUUUUAGUAGUCUGCCAGUGGGCGCCCAGUCACCGCCACCAAGCAACCUCAAAUUUUGAACACUCCACACCACCAGCAGACCAGCAGUGCAACUCUCGUUCUCUCUCUCUCUUUCGAGUAGCAAUUUUGAACCAGCAAACCGGCAAAAUUCAUUCGCAAAUUAUGCUGGCCAUGUCAACACUGAUGAUGCCAGCACCCACCAUAGCGAUGGGGGCGCCGCAGAUCGCUAUGGGUCCACAUAAGCCACCGGAAACGAAAUUGCUCGCCAUACAUCCGGCAGCUGUUGCUGCAAAUGGCGGCGGCAUAGGUGGCGCCCAGCAAUCGCAUCUGCAGCACAACGGUCAACAUCCGCAGUCACAACAGCAGCCGCCACCAAAUCAGCAGCAGCAGCAAUCCCAGCAAGCGCAACAACAGCAAAUUUCAGCCGGCAACAAUAGCAGCAACAAACCAGUUUGCUUGAAUGUGAAUGAAGUGCGCACUCUAAUUGAAGUUGGUGGAUGA